AUGUUCAAUAUUGUCCUCUUUGGAUGGAGAAAGGCCUCAAAAUGUAAGAAACUGAUAAAGAGAGUUCAGUGCCGCCUCAAACUGCUCAAGAGCAAGAGGAGUUGCAUUGUGAAGCAGCUGAGAAGAGAUGUUGCCGAGCUGCUCAAGCACGGCCAUCAUCAACUCGCCUUCGAAAGGGUGGAGCAGGUGGUGGUUGAUGAAAAUAUGGUUCAAGUGUAUGAUCUCCUGUACCAGUUUUGUGAAUUUGUGAUAAUCAAUCUUCCUUAUAUCCGAAAGCACAGGGAUUGCCCUAAUGACAUCAAUGAAGCAGCAUCAACACUGAUUUUCUCAUCAGCAAGAUUUGGGGAGCUGCCGGAGCUCCUCUCCAUCAGGAACCUAUUCGCCAGCCGUUACGGUCAAAAAUUCGUCACCUCCGCACUUGAGCUACUUCCCGGGCACCUCGUCAGUGCUGAGAUUAUAGAAAAUCUUGAGAUGAAAAGGGUGCCUAACGAUGUCAAGUACAAAUUCUUGGAUGAAAUUGCUGAAAGUUACACUGAGGAACAGCCUUUGUUUCUUGAAUACAAACCUCAAUUUCUCGAAAAUGAGAUCAAUGAUCAAAACCACGUGGUAGAGCUCGAGAUGAGAGAGGGAGAUAUCAAGAUCUUGUACGAAGAUUUGUUGAAUGAAUCCAAGAAAUUUUGGAGAAAAGCAUGUUUUGGAAUGAGAAAAGAUGUCGAUUUAGGGGAUGAUAUGGAGACUAGUUCAGAAAUUUCAGCCAAAUUGGGUGAGGAAGUGAUCUAUCUUGAUGAUAUCAAGGAGUUCAUUCCACCCGUGAUCAAAGAUAGCAAUCUCCAAGAUCAGAGAUUAUUCGUGUUCAAAUCUUUCGGCUCGGAAAUAAACCAUGACCAUGACGAAACAAAGUCUAGGAAGUCAAUAAGGAAAGGGUCGAGGAAGAGAUCACACGUUCAACGAAGCCUAACCCCGGCUUACGAUGAAUUUUCCUCAUAUUAUGGGGAGUCAGAAGCGUCAUCGCCCGAGAUCAGGCGUAGGCCCCGUCAUAUUGAUAGAUCGAAGUCGUGUCCUUUCAGUCAAUCCCCCGACUUCUACUCGCCUCAUCGCCACAUCCAUCCAAAGCUUCCGGAUUACGAUGAGCUGGCGGCGAAGUUCAUGGAGCUGAAAAGAGCACAUCUUGAGAAGAGGUGAGCAUCAAAUUGGGGUUUAGAUUGAGUUUCUCAAUUACUUAGAAGUUUUUUUUGUUAGGGCAUUUUUGUAUUUUAUUUGAUUUAAUUUGGUAGUAAUUGUCUCUUUUGGACCGGGUUUGUAGGAUUUUUCGAUGUAUAUUGUGUUUU